GAAAAUAAAUCAUUUUCUAAUUGUUAGCAGCUCUGGAAAAUGAUUUAGAAGAGAUUGAAACUGUCCCGGAAAUUCUUUUGGAUUAUGUUCUAUUUCAUUCAUCUGCGUUGUUUCUCUGAUGUUCCUAAUAGUUAUCAAUUCAGAGGCCAAUUAUCCAGCUAUUGGAAGACCAGGAACCUUCCAGCUUUGUUUCUUGCUGUAUCUAAGCAUCUCCCAGAGGAUAUUUAGAAGUAAGGAGUAAAGAUAAAAUUCAAGCAAUAUUAUUUUUCCCUUAGAGCUCUUUAGUGAACAAUUUGAUUUUUUUUGAUAGUGUAGUCAUUGUUAUUGGAAGUGGCUUUAUUUUAUUUUGAUGUAUCUUAUACACAAGUGUAAGGAGGCUUUUGGGUGCUUUUUAAGAUUCCCAUGAUUGCUUUCCUGAAUUAUUAAGCUUGAGGGCAUUACAUCUUUGUACCGGAACAGAACCUUGGCUUUUGCUGUAGAACAGGUUCAGGGGCAGCAUCUAAUUUUCUUUUUAUGAUUGCUUAAGAAGUUAUCUUGUUUUGAUUUAGCAGUAAAAAAAGAGGGGGGAAGGAUUAGUAGUGGACAGACCUGUGUAACAGCUGUAACACUGAUGAUGUCUGUUUUGUUUCCUUGUCUUGGCCCCCAUUUCUCAUUUAACCAUUUGGACAUUGCGCUAUUGGAGUUCUUUACUUCACUUAUAGACAAGACAGCAGCCUUCAGUCACGCUAGGGCAAGCAUGUCAAACUCGGGCCCGCAGGCCACAUGUGGCCCACAGGGAUUAUUUUUGCGGCCCAGCUAAUAUAACGUUUUCCUGGAACCUGGGCUCCCCAGACGCAGCGCUGGAGCAGAUGGAUAAUGGAGACUGGGGCUAUAUGAUGACUGACCCAGUCACGUUAAAUGUAGGUGGACACUUGUACACAACGUCUCUCACCACAUUGACCCGAUACCCGGAUUCCAUGCUUGGAGCUAUGUUUGGGGGGGACUUCCCCACAGCUCGAGACCCUCAAGGCAAUUACUUCAUUGAUCGAGAUGGACCUCUUUUCAGAUAUGUCCUCAACUUCUUAAGAACUUCAGAGUUGACCUUACCCCUGGAUUUUAAGGAGUUCGAUCUGCUUCGAAAAGAAGCAGACUUUUAUCAGAUUGAGCCCUUGAUUCAGUGUCUCAAUGACCCUAAGCCUUUGUAUCCUAUGGAUACUUUUGAAGAAGUGGUGGAAUUAUCUAGCACUCGGAAGCUUUCUAAGUACUCCAAUCCAGUAGCUGUCAUCAUCACCCAGCUAACCAUCACCACCAAGGUCCAUUCCCUCUUAGAAGGCAUCUCAAACUAUUUUACCAAGUGGAACAAGCACAUGAUGGACACCAGAGACUGCCAGGUCUCCUUCACCUUUGGACCCUGUGAUUAUCACCAGGAGGUUUCUCUUCGGGUCCACCUGAUGGAAUACAUCACAAAACAAGGCUUCACGAUCCGCAACACCCGGGUGCAUCACAUGAGUGAGCGGGCCAAUGAGAACACAGUGGAGCACAACUGGACUUUCUGUAGGCUGGCCCGGAAGACAGACGAUUGAGCUCCAUCCGGGGGAGUUCCUGGACACUGACUUUCCAGGAGAUGGAAGAGACUGGAGACUGAUUUUUUUUUUUUUUGUGGGAUUUAAAAAAGUUUUUUUGGUAUUUAUUUGAAGGCAUUGAGGAGCAGAAGGAAGUUUUGUGCUUUAGUGGAUUCCUCUAUGUUCAUUCCCUUCACCCUGAGUAUGCAUGUGCCUGUUCAGAGCCUCCAGAUAACUUUUUUAUAAAAAGAAGUCUGAAAAUUAUUAUGGUAUAUAAACCCUUAACAGAGCUUUUUUUUAUUACAGUGCUAAAAUGAUUUCUGAUUAAAUGGUCCCUAACUCAACUAGAGGCUCAAAAAUAUAGGAAUGAAAGAAUAAACAAAGUGAGUACUCCUGAUGCUUUUGACAAAAAUCAAAACAUCAUGUAGGGUGACCUAGUUUCCACACCAAUAAGCAGUAUUGUAAUAUUAAAAGAAAACUGUUCCAAUCAUUUAAAAGUACUUGUUAAGUACUGCUUUUUACAGUUAUUACAACUGUUUCUUUCUAUGCAUAUAAAUCAAGCAACCAAAUAUCUGUAGCCAUGGAAAUGUCUGACUAGAAAUAUUUAUAUUGGAUUCUGAAUACAAAAUGUCCCUGUGGUAGAAAUCUUACUUCUUAUGCCUGGUGCAGUAUAAUUCCCAAGUGUACUGUCUACCAGAAAAAAACGAAUAAAAAAUGAAAUAGAAAAA